AUGGAGUCUGGCAAAUUCCACUCCCCCUCUGGUUCCCCUCCCCCUCUGGUUCCACUCCUCCUCUGGUUCCUCUCCCCUUCUGGUUCCACUCCCCCUUUGGAACCUCUCCCCCUCUGGAACCUCUCCCCCUCUCGUCCCUCUCCCCCUCUAGUUCCACUCCCCCUCUGGUUCCCCUCCCCCUCUGGUUCCUCUCCCCCUCUGGUUCCCCUCCCCCUCUGGUUCCACUCCUCUUCUAGUCCCAACCCCCUCUGGUUCCACUCCCCCUCUGGUUCCACUCACCCUCUGGUUCCACACCCCUUCUGGUUCUACUCCCCCUCUGGUUCCACUCCCCCUCUGGUUCCACUCCCCCUCUGGUUCCUCUCCCCCUCUGGUUCCACUUGCCCUCUAGUUCCUCUCCCCCUCUGGUUCCCCUCCCCCUCUGGUUCCUCUCCCCUUCUGGUUCCACUCCCCCUUUGGAACCUCUCCCCCUCUGGAACCUCUCCCCCUCUGGAACCUCUCCCCCUCUCGUCCCUCUCCCCCUCUAGUUCCACUCCCCCUCUGGUUCCCCUCCCCCUCUGGUUCCUCUCCCCCUCUGGUUCCCCUCCCCCUCUGGUUCCACUCCUCUUCUAG